GGAGGAGCGCACGGGAGCUGGAGCCGCGGACCGGUGAGCUGUCCUUAUCGUCCCAACCCCUGCGCAGGCCCACAGCGGGCCCUGCUGAUCCCCCUCCAGAGCCCGGCUAGGAUUUCAGAGUUGGAGAGGACAGCGCCAUGAAGAGCCUGCUGCUGUGUGUGGCCCUGCUGCUGGCCCAGGAGGAUGGAUGGGUUCUAGGGGACCAGCUGGUCUCCGACAGUGAGCUCCAGGAAAUGUCUACCCAGGGGAGCAAGUACAUUAAUAAGGAAAUCCAAAAUGCUGUCAAGGGGGUCAAGGAGAUAAAGAACCUAAUAGAAAAAACAAAUGAAGAGCGCAAGUCCCUGCUGAGCACCUUAGAGGAAGCGAAGAAGAAGAAAGAGGAUGCCCUAGAGGAGACCAGAGAUUCUGAGAUGAAACUGAAGGCGUUCCCGGAAGUGUGUAAUGAGACUAUGACGGCUCUCUGGGAAGACUGCAAGCCCUGUCUGAAGCAGACCUGCAUGAAGUUCUAUGCACGUGUCUGCAGAAGUGGCUCGGGCCUGGUUGGCCGCCAGCUUGAGGAGUUCCUGAACCAGAGCUCUCCCUUCUACUUCUGGAUGAAUGGCGACCGCAUUGACUCCCUCCUGGAAAGUGACCGGCAGCAGAGCCACAUCCUGGACGCCAUGCAGGACAGCUUCAAUCGGGUGUCCGGCAUCAUGGACACACUCUUCCAGGACAGGUUCUUCACCCACGAGCCCCAGGACACUCACUACUUCUCACCCUUCAACUUCCCCCACAGGCGGCCACACUUCCUCUAUCCCAAGUCUCGCCUGGUCCGCAGCAUCCUGCCCCUCUCCCCAUACGGGCCCCUGGGCUUCCACGACAUGUUCCAGCCCUUCUUCGAAAUGAUACACCAGGCCCAGCAGGCCAUGGACCCUCAGUUCCACAGACCAGCCUUCCAGCCCCUCGACAUGGAUUUCAUGAGAGAAGGUGCCGAUAACCGCACUGUGUGCAAGGAGAUCCGCCACAACUCCACCGGCUGCCUGAAGAUGAAGGACCAGUGCGAGAAGUGCAAGGAGAUCUUGUCUGUGGACUGUUCCACCAACAACCCAGCUCAGGCACAGCUGCGGCAGGAGCUGAAUGAUUCCCUCCAGGUCGCCGAGUUGUUGACCCAGAAGUACAACGAGCUGCUCCAGUCCUACCAGAGCAAGAUGCUCAGCACCUCAUCCCUGCUGGAGCAGCUGAACAACCAGUUUAGCUGGGUCUCCCAGCUGGCUAACCUCACCCAGGGCGAAGACCCUGCCUACCUCCGUGUCUCCACAGUGACGACCCACACUUCUGACUCCGACACCCCAGCCCGUGUCACUGAGGUGGUGGUGAAGCUCUUUGACUCCGAUCCUAUCACUGUGGUCAUGCCAGAGGAGGUCUCCAGGGACAACCCUACAUUUAUGGACACUGUGGCUGAGAAAGCACUGCAGGAAUACCGCAGGAAGAAGCGAGAGGAGUGAGAUGUGAGCAUCGCUUUUCUACGUAUGAGGGGGUGUCAUAGCAGCUCCCCCAAGAUGAGCCACAGCCCCCCAGAGAGAGCUCUGCAUGUCUCCGUGUGACUAGGCCCCCACCCCACCCGGCCUCUCCUCCCUCUGGAUUCUCACACUAAUGCCUGUGUUUGCCGCCUGUGGGAAGAUCUGCUUCCGCAUGCAACUAACCCAAUAAAACUGCCUUGAGCUGAGCGCUCCAGUUCCUCCA